AUUGUUGUUGGGAAAACAUGGCGACCUCCACACAGGCUUCGGCUUGGGACGGUCCAAAAGUCUAUAAACAUCAUGAACAGCGACCUGUUUGCCACACAAGACCAAAGUAUAGAGAUGGAAGAAGACCUAAAGCUGUCAAGGUAUACACUAUCAAUCUUGAAUCCCGGUACUUACUGGUGCAAGGGGUCCCAGCGAUAGGUGUCAUGCAAGAGUUGGUGCAGCUCCUCGCGCUGUAUGGAGCUAUUGAAGAAUACCGUGUGCUUGAUGAAUAUCCAGCAGAGGAGUUCACUGAAGUAUACCUCUUCAAGUUUCAAAAGUUGACAAGCGCAAGGGCUGCGAAACGAAAAGAAGACGAGAAGAGCUUUUUUGGAGGACUUUUGCACGUUUGCUAUGCCCCUGAAUAUGAGACGGUGGAGGACACCAGGCAGAAAUUGCAAGACAGAAGGAGAUACGUGAACAGAGUGGCCCUCAGCAAACAAAAGGAAUCUGAUCUGAAGACAGAAGGAAGUGAACCACUUGCUUCUACACCAGGGAGGGCUGAUUCAUCAGGCAGGUGUGAAGAAGAGAGGAGGCCUCAGAAUGUUACGAAAGAUAGUCACCAUGCGAGCACCGCGAACAGUUACCAGGGAUUCCCUCUGCUUCCACUUCCUCUUCCUCCUCCUCUAGAGAAACCCUUUUGCCAACCGCCAUACUCUGGUCACCUGCUACAGGGAAGGCCACUUCUUCCCACUGAGGACAAAAUGGGUUCUUUGCACCACUACAUUGACACCAGCAAAGACCCCAAGCCCCACACCGCCACCACCACCAGCGCCGCCACCACCACCACGAUUCAACAAAGCAGACCACCAACAACCAACAGCAGGCCCACCAAGGGCCCAUCUUCACAUGAACGUUUUUUACCAAGAACUGCUCACUUAGACCAACGGAAGCGUAAAGCGGAGGAGACGGUCAGCCGGUCACUGAUGGGUAGCAGUGAUGAGCCUGAACUGUUCAUUGGACCCAAGUUACCGGAAAUUCCAAAGACGGACUUGGAGGAUGCGUCUUUAAACAUUACAGCCAACAUAAUAAGGAACACGAUGUCAAAGAUUGCCUCUGUUCCAGAAUUGCAGCCUCCAGAGAAGAAAGUGGUCACUGCUAAGCCCAGGCGAAGAAUCUGACCUCAUCAUUCCUCUCCACAUUUUUAGCUGGAAUCCAGCAAAUCUUAAUGAUAUUUAUAAAUAAAGCAAAAAAAAAGGUUAAAAAUAAUUGUAUUUAUUUGCA